AUGGCCGGCCCAUCACGAUUCCUGGGAAACACCGCUUGGCAGGGGCGAGUUUACGACUUAUCUCUUCGGCUCUCACAACGACCAAUGAACGGAAAUGCGUUGAUGCAGUACACACUACAUAACAGUAAUGGAGCUGCAGCACUCGUCGGCAAGCUGACAAAACUUGACAUUACGGACAGGUAUGGCGUGAGUACGCGAGAUCUGCGCGUCUUUGACCUGCCAUCCAGUGGAUUCCCAUAUAUCCUGGUCCGGGAAAAUACAAUAUUGAUUCACCUGUUCGAUUUGCGGUUAUUGGUCCAGCACGAUCAGGUGCUGCUUUUUCAUAUUACCGAAUGUAUAAAUCCCGGCCACGACCAAGGCUACAGCUACGGGCCACGGGAAAACACCAGUGAUGAUGACCACAGUGUGUCGCGCGUUUUCAGUCACAACCUCGAAGCAAAACUACGUGACGGCCAUGGGAUGGGUUUGUCAGUUAGUCAGCCCUACGAGCUACGAGUGGUAGAAGCUGCACUUGCAUCCGUAACAUCAGUACUCGAAGCAGAGUAUAUGUUGGUCGAACAACAACUCUCGAAUGCUUUGCAGAAAAGCGAUUUGGAUACGUUGGAUAAGGAAGAAAAUGUCAUCCAUAGUAAACUACGCAUAAUCCUCGAUCUUACGCGGAAGCUCGCAACUAUUGAAAAGCGUGCACGCCAGGUGCGAGAUGUCGUGCAGGAAGUGUUGAAUGAGGAUGAAGACAUGGUCAACAUGUACCUUAGCGAUAAGAGGGCCGGAAAGCCCCAUGCGUUAGAGGAUCACCAAGAUGUCGAGUACUUAUUCGAGGCCUAUUUCAAGGCAAGCGACUCCGUUGUUCAGGAGGCAGUGAGCCUGAUGGACAAUAUUCGACGCACAGAAGAAACAAUCCAGUCCACGCUGAGUGUGCGACGGAACCAGAUCAUGGUGCUGGAAGCAAAGAUUGAGAUUCUUAUGCUUGCGCUGGCGUGGGCUACUCUUGUUGCAGGUUGGUAUGGCAUGAAUGUGAUCAACUAUUCUGAGGAGAGUGCGCAUGCUUUUGCUGUUGUGGUCUCGCUCUCAGUCACUGGCAUACUCUCAGCUUCAUGGUAUGGGAUGCGGAAGUUGCGACGUAUUAACAAGUUGCGAUUAUAG